AUGGCGGUAGGUGCGAUAAGUCCAACUCCAGCAGAGUCUCCGCCGCCUCCGCCGCCUCCGUCAACAAUUUUACCUGUUGGUAGUAUGUAAGUCCAUCUAUGUUAAUAUAUUAAGUGUUCAAUUACAUUUUUUUUGUUUUUUUUGUUGUUUUUUAGAGUGUAUUUCACUAUUUUACAAUAUAGAUUGUGAAAAAUAAGUAAAAUUUUUAAUUUACUACAAUUUUAAAGUUAAUCUUGUUUAAAAGCGACAAUUUAUACGCGGACGCAGACUGCAAGGCUUUUAAUUUUGUUUUUUUUGCAAAAAUAACUUAUUUCUUCCAAAGAUUAGGUAGUAAACCAUAAAGUUGCGGUUUAUAUGUAACAAUUACUUGUUUAAAAUAUUGUUUUUUAUUGAUUAUUUUAUUAAAAUAAUUAAUUUUGUGUUAUUUUAGCGUAACUCAAGACUACAAAAUCUUGGAACAUUUGAAAAGCAAGAGAGGCAACUUCCUUUACCGUGCCACUUCUGAUAAACCCUUCAAGGAUGAAUUUGGCAACGUGGUAGGGCUAUUUUGUUAAUUUUUGGAAUUUCAUUGUUUUAGAUACCUAAAAUUUUGAAAAGUUGAUUUUUGAUUAAAAAUAGGUGUUAACUUGAUAAAAAGGUCUAUCUUUUGUAAAAAAUUGGUCAUUUCUAAAGUUUUUAUUGUUUUGGUUUAUUAAUUUACGACUAUUUUUUCAAACAUAACAAAAACUUUGUUUCCAGCACUCCGAAGUCAUCUUCAAAGUCGCCCCACCCGUAAACGCCGCCGAACCUUGUCGUGAACUGCUCGUCCUCAACUUUAUUAAAACAUAUCGUUGUCCAAAUCGUUUGAAUCGUAUCUUGAUGCCCAUCAACAUGGUCCUGGACAACUAUAAUCGUAUGUUGGCAUUUCCGGCUUAUUAUGGCAGUUUGGCUGAUGCCAAGUUGAAGAAUGGCGUUCUUCCACAAAGCACGACGCUUAGGAUUGGACUGGAGAUGUUGGCUGCCAUCAAAGAGCUACAUGGACUUGGACUGGUGCAUCAAUGCAUCGAUCCCACUCACUUUCUGUUACCUAAUGUUAUCGAUGUCAAUGAGCACAAGUUUGAUAUCAAGUUGUGCGAUUUGUCGUCCGCAAAGUGGGUUUUGAGUUUUUAUAAGUUUGAUGUCGGAUUUCUGUUGUUUUGUUAAAAAAAUUAUUUGAGAUUUUAAAAAUAUUGAGUCUUUUCUUUCUUCAGGAACUACAUUGUCUACGAAGAUGAGACUCCAGUGCCGAAAAAGGACGUAGGCGUACCUAUGGCUGAUUACGCUUCUGUAGAGGUCUGUGACGGAGGAGAGUCAUGCAGAAGAGAUGAUCUGGUCGCGUGGUACUACACUGUUAGUUUACUAUGCUUAUUCUCUUACAAGGUUUAAAAAAUUAUAUUUUUUAACUAACAACAACUAAAUCAUUGACAUUUUACGAUGACUAUAAUAUUCUUUGUUAUUACUUGCUUGUUAAUAUAAUUCUGUGCCUUCUCAUUAUCUCGAAAAUUGUUUUUGAGUAAAGCACAGAAUUAUUUGAACAGCCUAAUAUUAUAUAUGACAAAAUUGAAUUUUGUUGUAUUUUUGUCACAACACCCUACUCUUCAGAUGAUCUCCCUUCGCGGCAAACUGAUCUGGGAAGACGUACAAUAUGGUCCGGUGGCUCAGAUGCGAAAAAGCGAUUGGAGACGAAAGCCACUUCUGAUGGCAGGGUGCUUCUGUCAAGACAUCAACAUGUUCAUCACCGAGAUCUUCCUAUGGAUUGAUGAUCUGGAGAAUAAAGAUAAACCGAACUACUAUGCUCUUGCCAAAAACAUUCAAACCUCGUUGUAUCUUCUGGAUGGAAUCAAGUCAAAGAACGAGGAUAUGCCGAUUGUGGCUGAAAUGAAGAAGGAUGAGUUUGUGGAGGCUGUGGACAAGGUAAGAUAGUCGUUUGGAGGGGGUGUUUUUAAGAAAUGUCAAUGAGGCAUAUGAGGAUAAGUUAGAGUAAAAUAAAGAGAAAACAAAGAUUAUAUAAGGUAUAAGUUAGCUAUAUAUUUUCAAUUGCAAAUAAGACUGUUUUAAUAAAAAAAUGACACUUUCAGUGCACACCACGACACUCAGAUUACGCAGAAAUGUUCCCCGAUAACCGCUACGAAAUCCAAUUCCUAUUCAGCCGAGCUCAGAACCGUAUGAUGCCAGAAAUUAAGGCAAUCAUCGACGAACACAUCACACCCUACAGGUUCAGCGAAGACGAACAACAAAGAGCGAUCGAGAAGGGCCGAGAACCUCAAUAUAAGAAACAAUACGCGAGAAAACAAAAGGAACUGGAAGAGCUGAAGGCAAAGGAACAAAAAGAAGCAGAGAUCGAUGUGGUAGGUGAGGCUGGAAAGAAAGUUGACGAACAGAAGGCGAAGACUACCACUCCACCGAUCAAGGAAGCGCCAGUAGGUGUUAAACCAUCUGGUAAACCGAAGAAAGGCUCGAAGCAGAAGAAUCAGAAGGGGAAAAAGGCGAAGGAAAAGGCAAUCAAGGCCAAGGAGAGGGCUUCCAUCAUGAAGGACAUUGAGAAGAGGAAUAAGAACCCUAGAAAUAUUAAUAUUAAGCGGUUUGCAAAUGUAAGUUAUGUCUACUGUUAUAUUAGUUUUGUUUACUAUUAUAAUUUGUUGUAAGUUAUUAUAACCGUUUAUAACUUUUAAUAUGUAAUAUAAAGAUUUAUAUACAUAUUAAAGACCAUCUGAUUAUAUCGAUUGAUAAAACUAAAACUAUAUUUAAAUCGAACGAUUUUAAGAACAGAGUACUUUGACUAACACAAUGUUGCAUUUUAGGACGGAGAUGACGAUGAAACAGACAACAAAACGGUUGACAAGUCGGAGAUGCGACCGGUUGAAGAGGCCAAGUCAGCCAUUAUCUCUAUCGAACUACCGAGGAAGAAAUCAGGACAAAAGAAGACCCCCAAGCCCAUGAAAGAUAAUAGAACUCCUUCGCCGGCGCGGAACAGGGUAUGAAUUUAUGAGUAAUGGGUAGAAUUGACCGGAAAUCGGGCUGAUUUUUCUGUUUAACCUGAGAGCUAGGUCAAGUAGAGCAACUGGAACAUGGGUGUAGGUGAUUUAAGAUCUGGGGAUCGAGGAGGCUGUUAGUUGGCUAGGGGAGGCCCAGAUUGAUGAAUGGGAAGACAACCUACUUUUUGGGCCAAAAUUUAACGUUUUGUUGACCCGGAUUCAGAGAAAGAUAGGCCAGUCCCCCAGCCGAUUCUAUUGAUAAUUUCUGUGGGAAAAAAGAUUUUUUUAACAUUCAUUACAACGUAUAUUUGAUGACAUUGCAGGAUGAAGAUAACGAAAUAAGCGAAAACAACAAGGUCAGUCAAGGAAAAAUACGUAGCAAAACUCCAAAUCGUCGGCCGAAAGAAGAUGACAAAGUAAGUUAGCAUUAACAAUUUUGGACUUAAAAUUACUUUAAUCUUUUAUUUAGUUGGGUUAUUAUAAGCUGUUAUAUAAUAUCUACGGAUUUACUGUGUAAGAUUUUGUUAUUGAUGAUUAUCUUUCAGAAACAACGAAAAAAGGUCCGCCAAGGUUAG